AUGUGCGUGGAAAGAAGUCAUAGAAAGUAUAUUCUGAGGUGGAGCGCGGCCCGGCUGGACAUCACCUUGGGCUUCACGCGCCAGCCCCAAGAUGUGGUGGCGGUACGCAGCCGGGCACUUCUGCUGGAAUGCGAGGUGUCCAGCACGGUGGAAUAUAACGUCACAUGGACUCACGAUGAUCGGCCGCUGCAGCUCACGUCAGAUUCCCGCCGUCAGCUGCUGGCAAACGGCUCUCUCUAUUUCAAAAAGGUUCAGUUCAAGAGGGCUGGCGCCCAUGACACGUCCGACCAGGGCGAGUACCGCUGCGUGGCCCGCAAUGCCGUGGGUGCCCUGGUGUCCAGGCCCGCGCAGUUACGUGUCGCAACAGCCAAUCCAGGAAUGGCCGGCGAGCAUUGCGCCAGAGGUGAUUAG